AUGAGACAAAUAGCUACCGAUCGCCAAAGGGCAGGCGGGAAGAGAUCGCGAACGGGAUGUCGUACCUGCAGAGCUCGUCAUGUCAAAUGUGACGAGGCCCCGGGCUCGUGUCAGAACUGCACCUCCAGCGGCCGACGCUGCGAUGGCUAUGACAUUUAUCGGCUGCCCCCGAAGGGGAGGACGGCGAACAAAGGCUCUACCACAGAGGUCCAGGUGCAUAUCCUCAAUGGCUUUCGCUGGAAGAUGACCUCGGACGAGCGACGUUGCCUGUCAUACUUCCAAAAUCAUACGAUCCCCACUCUCCUCGGUCUGUUCGAUUCAACCCUAUGGGAAAAGCUGGUCUUUCAGAUCUCUCAGUCCGAGCCAGCCGUAUACCAUGCUGUGGUCGCUGUCAGUGCGAUUCACUACGACUCUGAAGCCAAGGGAAUGCCGUUGUCCAUGGAUCAACCACAAAAUACCUGGCAUCAAUUCGCUAUGGAGCAGUUGAGCCGGGCUUUUAAUCUGCUGAUCAAGCGCCGCACAUCCCAGGAUCCUCGUUUCUAUAACGUUACCCUAGUCUGCUGCCUUCUGUUCGUGCUAUCGGAUCUGCUGCGCGGACAUUAUGAUAACGCAUUCAGCCACCUCCAGAGUGGGAUCCGUAUCGUGCAGGACCUCCAGGCCCAUCGACAACUGAUCGCACCGACACCUCGGGAGGAGCUGAUCGAACAGAGCCUGGUCGCGGCAUUUGCGCACCUGGAUAUCAUGUCCACACAUUUUGGAGUCGGAGGCCCGCUCCUCUGCAUUGAGAAUGAGCUGAGCGACCAGUAUAUUGAUUGCGACCCGGCGGUGCCCUUCCAGAGUCUCCAAGAUGUCCUCCGUGCCUUUGAACCCAACUUCAGCAUGCUGUUUCAGUUUAUUUCUCACUGUAUGUAUCGCUCACCCGACUACAUCAGUUCCGACUAUGAGGCAUUGCACCUCCAACAGCUCCAGGCCUGGUCCCAUCUUAGCCGUUUCAUACCGCAGUUCAAGCAAUUUUACCGCAACAUGUACAACCGCCUCAGUCGCACAGAACAGAGAGGGGCCGACCUAGUAGACAUAUGGAUCUUGGGCUUAACGGUGGCGUUGAAAACAGGUCUGGUCGGCGGAGACGUCGCCGUCCUGGAUUGUUAUACACUGGACUAUCGAAAGAUCCUCAUCCGCAUAGAAGCAUUCUUGCAAAAGUAUCCAGAGCGACCGAGUGUCAGCAUUCAAUGUGGCAUCAUUCCUCCCCUCUUCCAUAGUUCGUUCGCUUGUCGGGAUUACACGGUGCGGUGGCAAGCCAUGGAGCUGCUUUGGGACUGGCCACAUCGUGAGGGGACGUUCGAUUCCAACUGGUGCGUUUCUUUGGCCUGUCAAGCACUGAGGCUGGAGCUGCAGACGAGUUUGACGACAGGCCUGCUCCCGGACGACACGACUCCCAUUGUCACAAAUCGGGCGGGACAUCCUCUAUCAGCCAAGGAACUCGUGGCCAUAAUGACAUACCGCCAGCGACAGAUGGGCGUGUCUCGUAUGAAGGGGGCAACUGAUGCGUCCAUGGUUGAUGGUGAAUUUUCUCCGCUAGACCUCCUUGAAAGCGUCAAAUGUAUGUCCGGUUGGUCCUGUGUACGAGCGUUCAAUACCUUCGCGGCUCAGAUGGAGACUUAUUCCACCAUUGGGGCUUGUUCAGUAGGUUGUGAAUGA